GACGUAUAUACACUUUUUGGGGUUAUGACAGCUUAAGAAGCUCUUGAAAAAAAGGAAUUUAUGUUAUUUAUUUUAAAAUAUUUAUCAUAGUUAUUUACUAUCCUAAACCAUUUUGUAAAGUUCGGAUUGAAUCAUGGUUAUAGGAGCAUUCCCGGCCGCCAAAUUAGGAGCCCUCUUACUGAAACAAGUCAGCAAACCAAUAGCGACCGUAGUAAAAAAUCAGGCAAAAAGCUCCCCAGUUUUCCGAAAAUACGUUUGUAUGCCCCCGGCUCAAUUUUACAAUUGGUGUGAAAUAAAGGCUAAAAUGUGGAUACUGAAUCUCGGAAAGCCAGUGAACAUUCCAGUGCUAAGUGAGGCCCAAGCAAUAGAACUAGGCGCAAACUUGUUAGGUGAAGCUAUAAUUUUCUUAAUUGCCGCGGGAAUACUUAUAAAUGAAUACAAUAGAUCCUCCGUUAAGGAGGCUGCCAAAGAGGCCAGCCGCUUACAAGAAUUAAGUGACAUUAAAAGUGACAUAAGGGAGUUGUAUAUACAAGCAGAAGAAGAAAGGGCCCAAAUUAGGGAACUGCUUAGGAAACUUGGAGACCAACAUACAAAACUAGAAAUGCUAACAAAUAAAAUAGGCAUAAAAACGGAAGAGCUAGGACAAAGUCCCAAUGAGCCUCCACCUUAUUCUCCUGUGAAUAAUGAUCCAAAUUUAAGUAAAAUCAAUAAGUCCCCAGAAAUUUACCAAUUAGUGUCUUCUAAUCAGGAAUCAUCCCCUAUCCUGUUACUGAGAUCAGUGGAUGAAGUUACAAGGGAAUUUUGGAAUUAUCCAUUGGGAAGAAACAGAGAAGAAAGUUAUGUUAUUCAAGCAUUAUAUUACUUAAGUGAAAUAUUCAGGUUUAAAUGAUAAAAUGACCAUCUAGUCUCAAAGAGUUGUUUCAUGAUCAAAGAAAGUGUAUAUAGUAAAUAAUUAGGUCAAAAGUAUUUAAUAAAUAUGUUAUGUUUAUUUUA